AUGAAAUCGUAUAUUCAAUUAGAAUCUGUAAAUUCAUUAAAUGAAAUCUCUGAAAAGGAUAAGUUCAUUCUUAAAAAAAUAAAAGCAUUACUUAUUUUGUUUUUUGUGUCAGCAUGUAUGUUAACAUUAUUCAUCUUCAGUCAAGCUUUAUUUAUUCUUAAAAAAGAAGAUAUUAUCAAAAAUUUACUUCGUAAUAAUGCUACUAUUGUUAAUAAUGAAUGGAGAUUUACUUUUAAUGAAUCAAAUAAUAUAAUUGGUAACUGUGAAAUUUUUAAAAAUUUAUCUUUAAGCAAUGAAGAAUUUAUUGGUAAAUCUAGUAAAGAAUAUAUAAAAAUUGGUAAUGAUAAAAUUUUAAAAAGAAUUAAUUUAGAAGGAAAAAAAUUUACUGAUUGUUUAUUAAAAUAUCCAAGAAGUAUUAAUUUUCAAAAAUUUUGUCUAGAACAAUUAAGUUUUUCACUUAUUAAUGAUAUUGCAAAUGCAUUAAAAAAUCAAAUAGGAAAAAAAGAAACGACUGUUGUUGCUUAUUGUAUUCCUAAAGAUUAUCUUAAUUCCCUUGAUAAAAUAUAUUUGCUGGAAACUGUUGGUAAAAAUACAUUUACAAUGAAAUCUAACAUAUUAGAUUAUUUUACUAAUUAUCCAGUAAAAACUUCAAAUCAAUAUACUAAUUGUAAAUUUUUUGAAUAUUUUAUCAAAACUUAUUCUGUCUUUAAUGAAAAUGUUAAAGAAAAUAUGAAAGAUAAAUUAAGGAAUAUUAAAUAUAUAAAGGAGGAAUUAAAUAAAAUAUGUUUUUCAAAUACAAACAAUAAUAUAGUAAAAAAUAAAAAAAAAUAA